AUGAUUGUUUCUCGUUUUCUUUUGCGCCACCCUGACAAUUUAUUUAAGGUUGUCCUUGUGAAAUAUCUUGCCAGAUCUGUUCGUUUUUACAAAACGCCUAGGAAUUUGGGUAUAAAUUUUGUUCCAGAACGACAAGCCUGGGUCAUUGAACGUCUUGGCAAAUUUCACUCUGUUCUCAAGCCUGGCCUUAACUUUUGCAUUCCGUUUGUGGAUAGAAUUGCUUAUGUUCAAUCUCUUAAAGAAAUCGCUAUUGAUAUCCCGGAUCAAGCGGCUAUCACAUCUGAUAACGUUGUUUUACAACUGAAUGGAGUCCUCUUUCUAAAAGUGGUGGAUGCGUAUAAAGCAUCUUAUGGUGUUGAAGAUGCGGAGUUUGCUAUCACACAACUGGCCCAGACAACUAUGAGAUCGGAAAUCGGUAAAAUCUCCCUAGAUAAUGUCUUCAAAGAAAGAGAGGCUCUAAAUUAUAGUAUUGUUCGUGCCAUUUGCAAAGCGGCUGAGCCAUGGGGUAUUGAAUGUCUUCGAUAUGAAAUUCGUGACAUUCAGUUACCAGUAAAGAUCAAGGAUGCAAUGCAAAUGCAAGUGGAGGCGGAACGUCGAAAGCGUGCUGCCAUUUUGGAGUCAGAGGGUCUGAGGGAUGCUGAGAUCAAUCGUGCCGAGGGUAUCAAACAAAGCCAGAUUCUUUCGUCUGAAGGUCAGCUGAUUGAGACUCUCAACAAGGCUGAAGGUGAGGCGAAGGCAAUAAUGAAAUUGGCCAUGUCUCGUGCAGAAGCUAUCAAAGAAUUGGCUAAAGCGAUUGCCGGAAAGAAUGGAGUGGAUGCGGUUCAAAUGGCAAUUGCGGAGCGUUAUAUUGAUGCUUUCAGUAAUUUGGCCAAGACCAAUAACACCAUGCUCUUAUCCUCAGAUACUGGGGAUGUCUCCUCAAUGGUUGCUAAGGCCUUGGCUAUUUUCAGGGCAGUGGAUAUUAACCAACCUCUUUCAGAUCCAGUACCGUUGAGCUCACAUGUUGCCGAAGCCGGAACAGAGUUUAACCUCAAUAAAUCGGUAGAUGAACAGAAUGACCAAAAGGAGCAGCUGAAGUUGGUGACAAGAGAACCCCUAGACAAUAACAUCUCCGAUAAAAACCAUAACAAUGUCUAG